UGCAGUCGCCAUGUUGAAUUUCUAGGUUGGGAUUGGUGACUGUCCUGAUUGGGUACUUGAACUUUAGGUUUUCCCUCUUGUGAUUUUGAAAUAUUUGACUUAGAAACCUCGAGAGGAACUGAUGAUAAUCCAAUACAAACCAUCCAACAUAUUUAUAAAAUACCAAAAAAAAAAAAAAGGGAGAGAGGAGAGCGUUGUUUAGAGGAAGCUCAGCUGCAGGUGUUUUAACUGGGUCACAAAUGGCAGUGGGGGGGGGUUCUGGCAGCUGAAACACCAUCUACCUACGGCGCGACUGCUUCCAAAAAGCAAAGUUUGUGAAAGUGGCGUGACGUCACGGUCCCACAACGCGUCCCGCCCCAGCCAGAACUCCGCUGGCUGCAGAGCCAGGCGCACUGUCAGGCCUCGGAUACAGACGCAGACACGGACCAGUGGCGGAGCAGAAAAAGUCCCCGAAGAGCGGAUCCGACGGGAGAAAGGGAAGCGUGGGAGCCGUGGGCCGCAGGAUCCGCCGCGGCAGGACUCUACAGCGGACUGGACCGGACCGGGGGCAAUGGACGCUGAAGCUCACCGGGACUCCAUGUGAAUUUGACUUCAUGCGGUGCUGGAAAGUUUUCGGACAGUAAAGAUGCUGAAGAGUAUUUCCCACUCACCGCCAGCCAUAGCUGUUGGGACUGGGUGAGGGGUAGAGAAGCCAAGAGAGCGGAGGAGUGACUGAGCUACAGCCGUCAGGUGGGAGACCUACAGACAGGCUUCUGACCAACAGAAUUUGUUUGACCUCAGUGUUUCAGCCGGACACCAGACACAACCUUUGACCUGCCAGUCACCUUUUGCUCCCCGUCCCCCCACCCACCCCCCUCCCCCACGACAACCUUCCAACGUUGAGCUUGCGAGGCAGGGGAGCCGCGCGUGACUUUCAUGGCAGCGGCACUCUAGGGCUGCCAUGGCAGCUGCUGCCGCCGAUGCCUCACACUGUAUUACCGCACUGACGCCGGAGGAAGAGGGACGCCGCACUGCCGCCAAGCUGUUCGGGAGCGCCGCCCCGCUGCCGCGGACGGAGAGAGAGCGAGACAGGGGGAAAGAGAGGGAAGAGGACGGAGAGAAAGUCGGACGAGCAAGUGGGAACGAGUGUCUGGUGUGCGGGGCCCUGUUCGUCUCGCAGGAGAAGCUGCGGCUCCACGCCUUGAGUCACACAGGCGAGAAGCCUUUCCGCUGCUCGCAGCCGCACUGUCCCAAGGCCUUCAGCUCCAAGUACAAACUCUUCAGGCAUAUGGCCACACACUCUCCACAGAAGACCCAUCAGUGUUCGUUCUGUGAGAAAAUGUUCCACCGCAAAGACCACCUGAAGAACCACCUGCAGACCCACGACCCCAACAAAGAGGCCUUCAAGUGUGAGGAGUGUGGAAAGCACUACAACACCAAGCUGGGAUACAAGCGCCAUGUGGCCAUGCACUCUGCGACCGCCGGGGACUUGACCUGCAAAGUGUGCAUGCAGAGUUACGAGAGCACGCCUGUUCUGCUGGAGCACCUGAAGAGCCACUCGGGGAAGUCCUCGGGUGGGGCCAAGGAGAAAAAGCACCCUUGCGACCACUGCGACCGACGCUUCUACACGCGGAAAGAUGUGAGACGGCACAUGGUGGUCCACACGGGGCGGAAAGACUUUCUGUGCCAGUACUGUGCCCAGCGCUUUGGCAGGAAGGACCACCUGACGCGGCACGUGAAGAAGAGCCACUCGCAGGAGCUGCUGAAGAUUAAGACGGAGCCUCCGGAUAUGUUGGGCAUUUUGACAACGGGGUCUCCACCGUGCUCGGUCAAGGAGGAACUCAGCCCCAUGAUGUGCGGCAUGGGACCCAACAAAGACCCCAUGAUGGGGAAAUCCUUCCCCAGCGGGGCGCCCUUUCCCAUGAGCAUGUACAACCCUCACCAUCUCCAGGCCAUGUCUAAUUCUGGCGUGGGUCCUCCACACCCUUCCCUGAUGCCCAAUUCCUUGUCUGCAGCUAUGGGCAUGGGCUGUCAUAUGGAAUCCCCGGCAUCCAUUCACCCACACUCCCAUCACCACCACCAUCACCACCACCAUCAUCAUCACCAUUCCCCUCCGACCCCCCCGCACCACCAGCCCGCGGCUCCCCAGCAGCAGCACCAGCCCCAGCCUGCGCCCAAAUACCAGCUGGGAUCUACCUCAUACCUGCUGGACAAGCCCUUGAAAGUAGAGAUGGAGAGUUUCCUCAUGGAUCUGCAGAGUGGUUUACCAGGCCCACUACCCUCUGUAGAGCCCCAUGCUGCUGCCUCACCCCCCAAGGACGGAUUGGUGCCCACUUCGGGCCUAGCCGAUGAACUUUGCGGGGAUCCCCUCCUGUCCAAGAGCCCUGCAGUGAUAGCUGAGUCUCUAUGUGCUGCUAACAUGGACUUCUCCCACCUGCUGGGUUUCCUGCCCCUCAACCUUCCUCCCUACAGUGCCCCCAUGAGCACAGGAGGACUGGUUAUGGGCUACACCUCAUCUGUGACCUCCUCCACGUCCUCCUCUUCCUCCUCAUCUCUGCACGCUGCCGAGCCCCACGCCGCCGCAGUCGCCGCCGUCUCCACGGCACCUCUUACCUCUUUGCAACCGCAACCUCAGGAGCAGCAGAGCUCCAGCGGGGGUCUCAGCCUUGGAUCCCUGCACCCCCUUCCACCAGUGUUCAGCUCCAGCCUUAGCACCACCACGUUGCCUCGCUUUCACCAGGCCUUUCAGUGACAGGGGCGGCGCGUUCCCUGCCAACGUGGCCGACCACACCAGCACAAGCUCAGCUUGGAUGUUUCAGGUCGUCGCUCUGAACAAGGCCUGAUGGAAAAGUUGGAGAAUUAAGAGUAAAAGUAAACGCAGAAAUGAACACUUGGAAGCCUUAAAUGAAAGUGCGCACAAAAGCUUUUGAUUGAGCCUUAAAAGGAAGUUAAACCCCUUUGAGCGGAGAAAAAAAAAGGAAAAUGUAAGAAAAGAAUUGAAGCAGCUUUUAUUUGGGCUUUUCUUUCCUUAUCCUAUAGAUAUAACAGUGUAUUAACCCAUUAUUUUUUGUUUGUUUUUCAUUUACUUCCCCGUUUAUCUUCCCUUUUUUAGUAGAAUAGAGGGCAGGAUCAGUAGGCCUAAAGGCGUGGUACUGCAUACUUAAAGUAAUAAUAUAAAAAGAACAAAAAAACAAAGAUGAUUUUAGUGGAGAUUAUCUGUCUUGUUGUGACCCAGAAAAAAUAUAGUUUGAAGUGGAAAUUUUGUUUUACUUUACUCCCCCUUCCCCAAAUGUAAGAACAUGGUAGAAUGUGUCAUAUCUUGAGUGUUUGAACCACCCACGCCGAUACCCUGUAGUGUCAUGAUUCAUUUGGAGAGGAGAGAGCUCAGUGGGGGAACAAAGGGAUGAACCAGCAUUUCUUCUUCGGGUCGACGUAGCCAGAGCCUCAAAACAACGACAGCCUCCAAAAAAAGUGCUCUUUAUAUAAUUAAACAAA